UUCUGCUCACACGGUUGAAGCCAAAUGGCGCGCCGACGAUGCUGUUCGACCCCGAGACGUCGAUCGUGGAGGACGGCUACGGAUCGAUCUUCGACAACGAGACGGGCAACCAGGUGAUCGUGCGCCGCUACACGCUGACCAACUCGGCCGCCAUGGCGGUGCAGGUGAUCAGCUACGGCGCGACCCUCGCCUCGGUCUGCGUGCCCGACGCCGACGGCGUGGUGAACGAGGUGACCCUGGGGUUCGACGACCUGGAGGGCUACCUGGCCAACGGGGCGAUGGUGGGCGCGACGGUGGGGCGCGUCGCGAACCGCGUCUCCAACGGCUCGUUCCGCGUGGACGGCGUGGAGCACUGCGUGCCGCAGAACGAGGGCACCAGCAGCCUGCACGGCGGGCCGAACGGCUUCGACAAGGCCGUGUGGCGGGGGCACCUGGAGGGCGGCAAGGUGCUGGUCAUGAGCCUGCUCAGCCCCGACGGCGACGCCGGGUACCCGGGCGACCUGCUGGUGAACGCCAGGUACUUCCUGACGACGGACAACGCCCUGGUGAUCAGCACGACGGCCACGUGCAGCCGCAAGACGCCGGUCAGCCUGACCAGCCACCCCUACUUCAACCUGGCGGGCCACGAGGCCGGGCCCAAGGGCCUGUUCGAGCACGAGGUGUGCGUGAACGCCAGCAGGUACCUGGCGACCAACCAGUGGAAGGUUCCGACGGGCGAGCUGCGCAGGGCGGAGGGCGUCAUGGACCUGAGGGUCCCGCAGGUGAUGGGGAAGGCGAUCCCGCUGGUGGCGGGCGGCGGCUACGACCACACCUUCGUGCUGGACCGCUGGGGCGGCGACUGGGCGGCGGGCGCCGGCGAGGGCGGCUGCGGCGGCGGCGGGGGCGGCGGCGUGCAGUUCGCGGCGCGGGUCGUGCACCCGCCCACGGGCCGCACCCUGGACCUGCUCACCGACCAGGCCUGCCUUCAGCUCUACACGGGCAGCGGGCUGCCGGAGCUCGGCUCCCCCGGGGCGCUGACGGGGCGCAGCGGCGUCGCCUACGACGCGCACGGCGGCCUCUGCCUCGAGCCGCACGGCUACGUGGACGCCGUCAACCACCCGCACUUCCCCGACCCCGUGCUGCGGCCGGGCCAGCUCUACCGCCACGUGGCCGUCUACCGCUUCGGCGUCACCAAGAAGGCCACCUGA